CUUUACCAGUAAGUGAUGGUCACACAGUUGGAAUCAAAGGUCACCCAAUCUUCCCAGUGCCUGUCAGAGACGUUAAAGAUGCUGAGAACACAAGUGCUCUUGCUCUUCUGUCUUGCCAGGGCAACAAAUGCCAUUUACAAACAGUGGAUUCCUGACACCAACUAUGAAAAUAAAACCAACUGGGACAAAGGAGACGUUCCGUGUGGCAACGAUAGAGUUCACUUUUCAUCCCAGAGCAAAGUGUCUGUGUUUGUGGAGACUAUGCAUGCUGUGCAGGAGAUACUGCUGCCGAUCAACGGAGAGUUCAUACUGAAUCCAGGAGCUGGCUUUUAUGUUGUCAGCGGACAAGACCCCAGCUGUGGAGGGGGUGUGACGACCAAUUUCAAAGAUUCAGACUCUCUUCAGUGGUUUAAUCCAGCUCUGUGGCAGACUGCUGCCACUCAGAACGACCUGCACCAGGGAAACUUCCUGUUCUCAGUUCACGAAGAGAGCGUCCCCUGUCAGAAUGACGAAGUCAUUUUCAAAGCUCUGUCCUCCUUCCGCUCGGACACCAGCUGCAGUCAGUCCACCAUUCCUGUCAAAUCUGUGUCUGUGUUGGGGAAGACGUUCGAUGACAGAUCCGAGUUCUCCAGGUACCUCAGCUCACACUCGGGUCAGCUGCAAUUUCACGGGUCUUCAGCUGUCACUGUUGGAAACCCAAGCUGUGAGGACUCCACCGGCUGUGUCUGUGAGAACUCUGUACACCAUCAGCUCAUCUGUAGCACAGUAACUUGUGCCUCUUUGAGCUGUAAAAAUCCUCUCCUCCCAGUGGGGCACUGCUGUGAGGUGUGUGGUGCCAUCAUUACCAUUGAUUACGCUGAAAAUUUCAACCUGCAGCACUACAGGGAUCGGAUUCGUCACCUUUUUCUUAUCCUGCCACAAUACAAGUCCAUUCAGCUGGGCAUGUCUAAGGUCCUAAAGCCACGGCCAUUGAUGCGUCUGAUUCCUUUUGGUACAUCACGUGAGAUCCAGGUAGUUAUUGUGGAUGGAGACAUGGGGAAACUGUCAAACACUUUGGCCCAGGACAUAAUCAAAGAUGCUAAAUCUCAUGGUUCUGAACUGGGAAUCACAAAAGCGGAAAUUCAAGGUUCCACUGAAAGCAAUUCAGCAAUGGUGGUUGGAGUUGUGUUUGCAGUUUUACUCAUGAUUGCAUUCAUUGUUAUCUUAGUGGUGCUGAAUCGUAAGGGUGUCGUGCAAAUGCCAGCCAUGCCUUCAAUGCCGUCACUGAGCCUUUUCCGCAGAAGCCCAGAUGUUGAAGACAUUAAUGGGGAUAUUGAUUGUGGGUUUGAUAAUCCAAUGUUUGACGGCUGUGACAUGCCAAGUGCUCUCCCCGGUCUGUAUGAUUCAAACGCAAUCUCCCUGACCCGCACAGGAGUCCACUUUAUAAACCCAGUGUAUGAUGAGCAUGAAACCGAUUUUACAGUUUAAGAAUGAUCUGUCACUGAUUAACCGUUCAGAAUCCUGAUGAUUUUACAAUUUGUUGAUGUCACACUAAGAGAUUUGUAACAACUCAACAGUACCAACAAGGUCAUGAACUGCUGCCUGGCAAUAAAGCAUUUGAUUACCAAA